CACUGCAACAACACCAUAUGUUUUUUGACAUUUCGUAGCCGUCGAUGUUGUAACCUAUUGCUGCUUAUUGGUAUUAAUUUUUAGGAGUUUUAAUAAUAAAUUAAUUAAAACAUUUAAAAAACAAUGCUUAUGCUAAGUAGAACAACGUCACUAAGUAUACGCGUACUAGCAACUCGUAUAGCCGGUGCACGCAAUUACAGCAAAGAUUACGAUUCAUCCGACGACGAAAAGGAAUCAAAAACAAAACAAAACAAGCCUAAGGAUGCCAAAAAAGCUGAAACACAAUCUAAAACUACAACUGGGGCUGCUGUAGAUGCCACUGAAGAGCCUGCCAUCACACGUCUGAACCGUUUGCUGGCUAGCAUGCCAACGGAGAACACUUUCGCAUUACCAAAUAAAAAGAAUAAUGUAACAUUACCACGACCAGGUGAUGCACAUAAGAAACGAAAAGAGGAAUCAAAGAAAGAGCUUGAGUCGAAGGAUAUUUUCGUUGCUGCAAAACGAGUGGCUUCUUUAGCGGGUGAUGGUGAGCAAAACCAGCAAAUAGAAUCAGAAUUGCUUGCAAAAUUACUUGGACAUAAACAAGAUGAAAAAGAUGUUGAAGUUACAGAUGCAACAAAUAAAGCAAACCCUGAAUUGAGCCUAAGCGAAUUAAUUGUGGGUAUGAAAAUUGAUCGCUCACAACCACCAAAGGAGUUAACGCGCGGUGAAUUUGUGCGUCGCUCUAUUGCCGCAAAAACUAAACCCCAUCAACAAGGUCAACAAACAACAAAUGUGCGUAAAGAACGUAAACGUGAAGCGGCCACCUAUACUGGUAGUGUGAACUUAUUUGGCUCGGAGCCACUGGGUAUUUUCAAAAAUGCUACAGAAUUACGUGAUGUACCCGAUAUACUCUCCACAUGGGCACAUCUACAGCAAAAUGAACUAAAACUGUUGGUAACACAUCCGCCUGCAAAUUAUUUCGAAAAAUUAGCUUUGUGGACAGAGCAAGGAAAAGUUUGGCGUUUCCCAAUCGACAAUGAGCAAGACUUAAGCGAUGAAGCGGAGGUUGAUUUCUCCGAGCAUAUCUUCCUAGAGCAACACUUGGAACCAUGGUGUCCCGAAAAGGGACCCAUACGUCAUUAUAUGGAAUUAGUAUGCGUCGGUCUUUCAAAGAAUCCCUACAUAACAGCGAAGGAGAAGAAAGAGCAUAUACUGUGGUAUCGUGACUACUUUGAGGCGAAAAAGGAUAUACUCAGAGACUUAAUAAGUCAAGAGCAAAAGCCAAAAGCAAGUGGCGAACAGAAAAAACUGAGUUCAUAAGUGUUAUGUUAUGUGCAAAUAAAUAUAAAAAUAAACACAAAAAUAUUACAAAUUCGAAAAA